GCAUGAAGUCGAACAAGGUCUGGGAACGACUCAUCACGUGUUUGUUGUUUCCACACGAACAGCUUAUCACAGCGCACACUUGGUUGAGAACAAGGCAUUUACUGUCAACUAUGGACACUUGUGUCGGCCGUCUGUAACUGUCCAUCAAAGCGUGAAGAAGAGAUUGUAACCAUGCCAACGGUGGUUCUGUUGGACUCAUCGCUGUCCAUGACGCGACCCGUGUCGGUCGAGGGCACUGAAGAGUUCCAGAGGAAGAACUUGGCCGUACAUGGGCUGACGAUGCUGUUUGAACACAUGGCAACAAAUUACAGACUGGAGUUUACCUCACUUGUCGCUUUCUCCUCCCUCUGGGAGCUCCUGGUCCCAUUCACCAGGGAUUACAAUUCUCUGCAGGAGGCUUUAAACAACCUUGAAGACUAUGAUAAGACCUGUCUAGAGGCUGCUCUACAAGGUGUCAGUAAUGUAGUACAGCAGGAAUGGGGAACAGCCUGCCCUUGUCAGGUGGUGCUGGUUACUGAUGGCGCACUUGGGAUUGGCCGUGGAUCUUUGCGGCAUUCACUGCAGACACUGAAACAACGUUCGGAAGACAAAAAGUUCCCUCUGCCUUUCCCGUUCCCUUCUAAACUCUAUGUCAUGUGUGUUGCCAAUGCAGAAGAGCUCCAAGCAAAUGAUGGUCUGGAUAACUUGGAACAGCUGAUUAGUUUGAAUGGUGGGGAGGGUCAGAUAUAUACUAUGGAUGGACCCCUCUGUCUUAAAAGUGUCCAGACUAUGUUUGGUAAGCUGAUUGACCAGGCAUACUCUCCCUUCCAUGCUGUGCUGCGCUGUGGGAACUUGGCCUCUGACGUGCAGGUCUUUCCCAGGCCAGAACCAGUGCUUAUAGAUGAGGAGGUGGAUCCCAUUCCCAAAACAGUGCAAGCAGACUUGGAGAUUGUGGGUUUUAUUGAGAUUGGAGACAUCUCCAGCCCUCCUGUUUUAUCCAGGCACUUGGUCCUGCCCAUUGCUGUAAACAAAGAGGGGGAUGAGAUUGGUACAGGGACCACCGAUGAGACAGAAGAAGAGCCCUCCACGAAUCAGAUGGCUGGCAAAAGCCCAAAUUUCUGUGUUCUUUUACAUGGCAGCCUGAAAGUGGAGGGCAUGGUGGCACUUGUACAAGUAGGGUCAGACUGGUUUGGAAUGCUUUAUUCUCAGGCCGACAGUAAAAAGAAGUCCAAUCUGAUGAUGUCAGUCUUUGAUCCGGGCUUAGAGCCUCUGCCCUGGCUGGGCCGAAUGUCUCAGCUUGGUCCUGCCUCAGAUGCAGCUGAAAAUCCCUAUGGUGAAGAUGACAGUAAAAGUCCCUUCCCCAUACAGCCGAAAUACAAGAGAAGCUAUGCUCAGAAUGUUACUGUUUGGAUUAAAGCCAGUGGACUGCAGACAGAUGUACAGAAAAUUUUCCGGAAUGCAAGAAAACUGCCAGAAAAAACGCAAACUUUCUAUAAGGAAUUGAAUCGUCUGAGGAAAGCUGCUCUGGCCUUUGGAUUCUGGGAGCUUCUGAAAAGUGUGGCUGAACUUUUGGAGAGGGAAUGCACUCUGCUUCCUGACUCCGCCCACCCCGACGCUGCCUUCCAGCUCUCGCACGCUGCCCAGCAACUUAAACUGGCCAGUACAGGAGACUCUAAGUAUGCAGCAUUCGAACACAACAUCACCCCUUUGCUUACUGACUUCUCCGGGGGAGGAGCUGAGAGAAUGUAGGACUCUACCUGAUUUAGUUUGGACCUUUAUUUAAAAGCAAUGGUUUUUCCAUGGGAAAUAAGUUACUUUUUUCUGUGGCAUUUUAAAUUGUGUUAAAACAACAGCAAAGUUAAAAAAAAAUGUUUUUUGCUCUCGUUGUAACGGAUAAAAAACAUUAAUUUGUGCCAUGGUAAUUUUAUAAUCAUUCCAUUUGAGAAAAGAAAACCAUUCAAGGAAAUGCAUUUACAGGUUUUGUAAUAAUUUGUGUAAAUAGCUUUUACUAGUGAACAAAUAAAACAAAUUGACAUUUUUCAUGAAA